AUGUAUAGAAAUAAUAUCAGAACAUUAGAUCCAAUGAAACAAACAGGAUCCGAACCGUCAACUGAAAGACAACAACACCAACACACAUAUGAUCAAGAACGCGAACAAUACCCAGUAGAUGCUUUCAACGCAAGUAAUGAAGAUCCGUUGGCCCCAGCCCACGAUUGGAAAGAUAGUGAGACUCCCAAGCAAUUUAACAAGAAUUUAUUUGGCCAUGACACAAGAGAGACUAAUAUGCCCGGUUCAUUCCAGAAUUAUGAAGAAGAGGAAAGUGGAAAUGAAAGGACAGGCUUUAGCACCACCAAGCCGGUACAACAUGAUUUGCGCAAUGAGGAUUCAAAUUACAAGUUGAGUUCAUCUGCCACUGAACAAGAGACAGGAAGAAGAAGAUCUCUCACUGAAAAAUUGAAGAAUGCAAUGGGUUUGGGUUUGAAUAAGGACCAGAAACAUACACAUGAGGAUACAAUCAUCCCUCAUAAACCUGAUAUCACUGAAAUAGGGAAAAUUGAAGCUGAAGAAACUUCUAAAUCACAAGCGAUUAAUGUCAAUAAAAAUGAAUCGGAUCGUGGAGUCCUUGGUAAUGCUACUAUUGGUGCUUCUAAUCUAGAAAAAGGGACAGGCUUCAAAGAACAACAAAAACACCCAAUUACUGAAGGUAAGACUAAGUUUGGAGUUUAUAAUCCAACUCCUCCAAUUCCUGAAACCAAGAAUGUCCAAGAAAAGAAGACAGGAAUUCCAGGUUGUGGUGUUGCCAAGGGGAAAACUGAAUCUCAUUACACACCCACAGAAACUAGCACUGAUACUAGAAGAAGAUUGUCCGAAAGUGAUAUGUAUGCCACUAACAUCCCCCCAGGACUUACAAAGACUGAUGAUACGGGUUUCGAAAAUACAGAGAAUGUUCAUAUUCCUGGUACUGCUAUGCCCAGUAAUGAUUUCAAGGAGCAUCAUCAUCACCAUCAUCAUCACCAACAUAAUCAUCACGAAAAGGAUGUCAGUGGAACUGGUGCUGUUAGAUAUCCUUCAGAACAGAAACCUUCUACAGUGAGCCAAUAUAGCCACACUGAACAAGCCAACACAGCAAAUCUCGGUACAGUUGGUUUAACUGAGGAUGCUGCUAGAGGUGCAAAUAUAUCCCAUAAUCCAGAGCAAAUUACAAACGAGGCUCAAGAACGAAUUUCAAAUUCAAAAGUGUAUGGUCCUCUUGGAGAGUCAUAUGUAGAAUCUCACCCAGCUGCUACUACAAAUAAAGCAAAUGCUUCACCAGACAAACCAAUAGAAACUAGUGCUGAAACAAGAAGAAGACUUUCUGAGACCAAGAUGUUUGGUACAGCUAUUCCAACAGAAGAUACCUCAUAUUCCAAAUUUGAAUCGAGUCAGAAGAAAACAUCUAUGGAAAACACCAAAAGGGUUACCUCUGACCGCCAAUUUGCCACAUCAACUAUUGCUGGAGUGUCACCAACAGGGCGAAGACCUUAUACUACUGCUGAUGUAGAGAGACAAAAUGCCAUGGAAAAGAGAUUACGUGAUCCUAAUCAAAAAACAACUGGUGACAAUGGCAUUAAUAACUUCGAUUGGGAAUACGACCAUAAUCACGAGGAAAGAAACAAGGACCGACACACUAAAAGCAAAUCAUCUAUUCCCGUAUAUUUCCCUGGGAACUGUUUUGACUGGCGAUUAGAUACAGAUGCCUUUAGGAAAAACGAAGACUUGACAACUAGGUCUGAAACUAAUAAAGCUCAUAUUCCAGGAAAUAAUUUUGAUUGGGUGGGUGAGUCAAUUACUACAAAGGGUGAUAAAGGUAUGAUAGCUAGUGAACUCGAAGGUUAUGGCCCAGGCCACGCUUCAGAUAGGAGAGUAGUAGUAGGAUCUCAGCAACCACAUUCUGAGACGAGAACAAAAGAAAUGAUGAAAGCAAGGGACAUUCCUACUAUGGAUACGGAUAAGGUUGAAGGAUUUUCUUAUCACAAUGUUGAACCUAUUAGAACAGAUGUGAACGAGGGAGCUGCUUCGAGUUUUGAUUAUGACAAAUCUAAGGAAUUUCAACAAAGCCAAAGAAAUACAUCUGAAGGAAUUGACAAAGAUAGCGCAUACUCUUCCAAUAAGUCUACGGGGAUUGCUGGAGGUAUCAGUGCAGGCAUUGCUGCUAUUGGUGGUGUGUUAAAUAUGUCAUCAACUAAAACAAAAGGUUCCCACGAGCAAGAUCAAAAUGAAGGUAUGGAUAAACGCUUUAAUUAUGAAAUUACUAAGGAUAUUCCCACCGAGGUAGGAAAAGUCGGCACUUCAGAUGUUAGUCAAGCCAUCCCUGGUAGCUAUGCUGCCGAUGUUGAUAAUUCUCAAUUAACUGCUCCGCUUUUAAGGAAAGAAGCUAAAGAAGAGCCCACAUAUUUUGAUGACGAUAUUGGAACUUACAAUGAUAUCGAUGGGGUUAACAAGCAAGUGAAUAAUGGUCUUCCCAAAUUUGCCACCUCUUCUUCAAAUGGUGCACAAGUAUCAACUAUCAAGUCUGAACCACAACACAGACCUAAUACUGAAGUACAUAACAAGAAAUCUAUUAACACGUAUGAGUGGGCACCCAAUGAUAAUGCCCCAUCAAAUGUUGCCAGCAAUGGGUUCAGCAGAAAUCAAUAUGAGGGUGAAUCUAUUGCAGACACCCAAAGAACAAUAUUUGAAGGUCAAGGAGUUCAUGACAAUGAUUCAAGAUAUUCUAGCCCCAGGGCUGAAUCGUCCGGUCAACAGCAGCCGCUAUUAGAGUCAAAGGGACGUGGAACUGGAAUGGACAAGAUGAAGAGAGAGCAAUUUACACGGUCUGAACCACCAGAGACACAACAAACUGCCACGGGGCACACUGCCAAUGAUGGCGGUGCUUAUAAUUUGGGUUCAUCUGGUGCUGGUAUUUAUUCUCAAACCAUAGGUAAUUCACCCAGUUUAGUUGAUCCUUCAAAACCAACUUAUGGAUUCAAAGAAGGCCAAGCUGCAAAUGCAACUUCGUAUACUACAACUGCUCCAUCAGGCGACGCUACAAGAAAGAAAUCUUUUGGCUCAACUACAAGUUCGGGGGCAUAUUCCUCAGGUGAAGAGCGUUUUGGUACAGAAACAACGACUGCUUCAAGAAAGGACGCUGUACCAAGAAGCCAACAGAGAAGAAGAAGUAGUGAUGUGGCUGCUGACAAUACAAGAAGAGACAGCAAAGGUGGGUUUUUAAGAAGAGUCAGUGUUGGCAUCAUGAACCAGUUACCCAAGCCCAAGAUGUAG